CGAGGAACGUAGGAGCAGACACACGCGCGGCCCUGCGAUUCUCGCGGCGACGGCUCUUCUAUUCGUCCUCGCUGCGCUUGGACUCCUCGCCAAAUCGCCGAGCGCGCAGCACGCCGCGAGAGGCGCAGAUGGCUGGUUCCCAGGCAAGCACCUCUCGCGGCCUGGCUGGUAUCCCGGCAAGGCGGUGGACGAGGAUCUGCUCCAGGGUACGUCGCAGGAGCAUUCGAUGGACGGCUGGAACCCUGGCAAGGCGAUGACGGACGAGGCGAUGGCGCACAUCGACUACGCGAGUACAGAGCCGCUCCACUAUGCCUUUUCGCUGCAUGACCCGCUGCUGUCCCACGGCCUCAAAAAGGCCGAGUCGACGACCGCGUGCUCCUCGAUGGACAUGUUCGGCAACUGCUGGGACGUGCUGGGCAAGGGGGAGGCGGCGGCGCCCGUCGCUUUCGACGAGGCGCAGCCGUCCGACACCAACGUCGCGCUCAGCGGGGACUGCACUCAGGCGCCGCAGACACUCACACGCACGCCACAAGGCGCAUCCGCUCU